UAGGGAUGGCUAAGGGAAAGCGUACUUGGCACUGAUCCCUCUUUUCAGUAUAGACUGCAGUUUACAUUAGGCAGCAAAUUUUUUUUGUCAGGGGGAUGAAUGUGUCAUAAAUAGUUGUCGUUUAUAUAGGGGUAGUGGAUGCAUGUUUAGCAAUGCGAUGAGGCCAGUGCACUUUGCAAGACUUGCGCUGCAGAGAGCCUCCGCGGACCCCACGACCUGUUGCUGACAAGCCGCGGAAAAGGAGAGGGAGAGGGGGAACAGCUCGGGAGAGACAUAGGGUACUGCCUUGGAGACGACAGCCCGAGUUUCUUCGCGGAGGAAAUCAUGCAGUUUGCAAUCUGGCUGGUUGGACUAAUGUGUCAUCUGUCAGCACUUGUCCGUGACACUUUGCAACAACGAUUGCAUCCGAAACAAGAAAGCUUCAUCAAGCAGCUGUCAUCGUAUGAAAUCAUCACCCCGCUCCGUGUGAAUGACUUCGGAGAAUCAUUCCCUCACAAAUUGCACUACAGAAGGAGACGGAGAAGUUUAAAUGAUGACCUGUCGGGCUUACGGGUUCACUACAGGAUUGAUGCAUUCGGGGAACGCUUUCAUCUCAAUUUGACCGCACACUCCGACUUCAUCGCCCCCUCUUACACAGUGACACACUUGGGAGCGGAACAUAGCAACGCCACGGACUCCAACUUCUAUGACCCGAGCGACAUGCGCCACUGCUUUUUCCGCGGACACGUCAACGCCAAGAGCGAGUACCCUGCUAUCUUCAGCGUGUGCACUGGCCUUAUUGGAACUUUUACAACACAACAUGGCGAAUACUUCUUGGAGCCUCUUUUAAAUGCUGCGGGGGAGGAAUAUGAGGAUGAGCACAACAAACCUCAUCUUGUAUAUCGACAUGAGAGGAAUAUGAACAUCUCGAAUACUGACAACACAGAGCCCUGUGCUGCCUCAGAGGACUCCAAGAGGCCCGUUGCUUUUGAGAGCAGAGGGAAUAUGGGAGAGGAGCUGGACUCUCUCAGAGCCACGAUAGAUGAUCAACACAUUUAUGACAACUCCACCAGCACACACCACAGAUCCCCCCGCAGACACAAGCGUUUCCUUUCCUACCCUCGCUACGUUGAGCUGAUGGUGACAGCAGAUGCCAAAAUGGUGCGUCACCAUGGACGCAACCUAGAGCACUAUAUCCUAACAAUCAUGUCAGUAGUAGCAGCAGUGUACAGGGACCCCAGCGUAGGAAACCUCAUCAACAUCAUGAUUGUCAAGCUAGUCGUCGUCCACAAUGAACAGGAAGGGCCCACAGUAAGCUUCAAUGCUGCCACGACUCUGCACAACUUCUGUGUGUGGCAGCAGGGCCAAAACGUCCAGGAUGACAGCCAUCCUUCUCACCAUGACACAGCACUUCUCAUCACCAGGGAAGACAUCUGCCGUGCGAAAGAUAAAUGUGACACGUUAGGGCUCGCAGAGCUGGGGACCAUGUGUGACCAGUACCGGAGCUGCUCCAUCAGUGAGGAAAAUGGAAUUAGUGCCUCCUUCACCAUCGCUCAUGAGCUGGGCCAUGUGUUCAACAUGCCUCAUGAUGACAAUCCAAAGUGUCGGGAGGCAGGCAUGAAGCACCAGUAUCAUGUCAUGGCUCCCACGCUCAACUAUGACACCAAUCCCUGGUCGUGGUCCAAGUGCAGCCGCAAGUACAUCACAGAGUUUCUAGACACUGGCUAUGGGGAGUGCCUUCUUGAUGAGCCUGUAGGCAGAACAUAUGAGCUGCCCACCCUCCUCCCUGGUCAAAUCUACAAUGCCAACCGGCAGUGUGAACUGAUGUUUGGACCCGGUUCCCAAAUUUGCCCAUACAUGAAACAGUGCAAGAGGCUGUGGUGUACAAGUGCAGAGGGGGACCAUAAAGGAUGUCGCACACAGCACAUGCCACUGGCUGAUGGGACUGACUGUGGACAUGGAAUGUACUGCAGACACGGGAUGUGUGUAAACAAGGAGUUGGACCUGCAACCUGUUCACGGGGAGUGGGGACCCUGGGGGCCCUACAGUGUUUGCUCCAGGUCCUGUGGUGGAGGAACCCGGAGCACCAGCAGAGACUGCAACAAGCCUGAACCCAGAAAUGGCGGGAAGUUCUGUGUGGGUCGCAGGAUGAAGUUUCGCUCUUGCAACACUGAGCCAUGCCCACGAGGAUGGAGAGAUUUCCGUGAAGAGCAGUGCUCUCAGUUUGAUGGCAAGCACUUCAACAUCAAUGGUCUACCUCCCACCGUCCGCUGGAUCCCCAAGUACAGUGGCAUACUCAUGAAGGAUCGCUGUAAGCUCUUCUGCCGGGCAGCUGGUACUACGGUGUACUAUCAGCUGAAGGAUCGCGUCAUCGACGGCACGCCAUGUGGGAUGGAUACUUUCGACAUCUGUGUUCAAGGCCUCUGCAGGCAAGCAGGCUGUGACCAUGUUCUUAACUCGAAGGCCAGGAAUGACAAGUGCGGAGUAUGUGGCGGGGACAACUCGUCGUGUAAAACCCUGGCAGGGACCUUCAAUGAUGCUCAGUAUGGUUACAACACAGUGGUGAGGAUCCCAGCCGGAGCCACCAACAUUGAUAUCAAACAGGUCAGCUAUGGAAAGCCAGAAGACGACAGCUACCUCGCAUUGUCUGAUAGCCAGUCCAACUCCCUCCUGAAUGGGAACUUUGUGGUGGCCAUGUUCAAAAGGGAAAUCACCUUCAAGGGAACCAUCAUUGACUACAGCGGCUCGGACACAAAAGUGGAGCGCAUCAACUGCACUGAGCGCAUUGAGGAGGAGCUCAUUCUGCAGGUCUUGUGUGUGGGAAACCUCCACAACCCAGACGUCCGCUACUCCUUCAACAUACCCAUCGAGGAACACAGGGAGCAGUUUGUGUGGGAUCCCUCAGGCUCCUGGCUCGAGUGCACUCGCAUCUGUCAGGGUGAGCGAAGACGAAAGGCGGUAUGUGUGCGUAAGAGUGAUCACCUUGAGGUAUCGGACCAACGCUGUGAACAUUUACCUCGUCCUGUUGCUGUUACUGAGCCCUGCAACACUGACUGUGAAGUCAGGUGGCAUGUUGCUGGAAAGAGCGAAUGUUCUGCUAAAUGUGGGCCAGGCUACCGCAGCCUGGAUGUUCAGUGUAUGAAGUACAGCCUGAUGAAGAGACAGAGUGAGAGGAUGGAGGCCAGCGCCUGUGGAGACACUGCCAAACCUCAGACCAGAGAGCCCUGCCACGGGGAUUGUCUGCUUAAGAGCUGGCAGUACAGCACAUGGUCACAGUGCUCUAAGACAUGUGGACGUGGAAGCCGUAGCAGAGAGUCUUACUGUAUAAACAACCUGGGUAGACGGCUGGUGGACAGAGAGUGCAACGAUUACCAGAGGGUGGUCACUGAAACCUGCAACGACCAGCCUUGUCCGAAGUGGACUGUUAGCGAGUGGAGUGAGUGCCUGGUGACUUGUGGGAAGGGAAUGAGGCACAGACAAGUGUCCUGCAGCAUGGGAGCUGGGGAGGAGAAGCUGAGCGAGCACUUCUGCGACCCAUCUAGCAAACCUCCUGCUGUGGGGAGCUGCAAGCUGCCUGAGUGUGCGUCCUGGCAGGUCGGCGUCUGGGGAGCGUGUGCGGUGACCUGUGGCCAUGGCUACCAGAUGAGAGCCGUUAGGUGUGUUUCGGGGGACUACGGGGACACAGUAGAUGACAGAGAGUGCAAUGCUGCGGCGAGGCCGAGAGACAGUCAGGACUGUGAGAUGCAUGCGUGCCCAUGGUCCUCUCUGCCACAGAGCACACCACUUCCUGACAACUCUGCUCAGCUCCUGACUCAGUGGAGAUACGGCUCCUGGACUGCGUGCUCGGUGUCCUGUGGCAGGGGAAAACAGGCACGUUAUGUCAGCUGCAGAGAUGCCCAGGGAGGAGUGGCUGACGAAUCACACUGUGCCCACCUGCCCCGCCCCCCGGAGUCCUCCGCCUGCUUCAGCCCCUGUGGCCAAUGGCGUGCCGGGGAGUGGUCUCCUUGUUCAGUGACUUGUGGCAUAGGAAGGAACAGCAGGCAGGUGGUCUGCUCUAACUACCACCAGCCAGUGGACGAGUCUUUCUGUGAUCCGGAUGAUAAGCCUGCAACAGAACAGGAUUGUACGGCGGCGCCCUGCUCCUCUAUCUACCACCGUCAGCGCAUCAAUGACCAACCCUACGGAUAUCCCCAGGACCCGGGACGCCAUCCUGGCCACAGCAGCUGGAAUGUGCCGUCAGCAGACAACCAGUGGAGGACUGGACCCUGGGGCGCAUGUUCUAGUACCUGUGCAGGAGGCUUCCAGAGGCGAGUGGUGGUCUGUCAGGAUGCUGAUGGACGCAGCAACAGCUACUGUGAUGAGAGGGUCAAACCUACCGAGUCUAAGAGCUGUGAUUCUGGGCCCUGCCCUCUGUGGAACUACGGUGUCUGGGGAGAGUGCACCCAGACCUGUGAUGGAGGAAGGAGGACUCGCCUGGUGGUUUGUCAAAGGCCCAACGGCCAGAGGCUCAAUCACUACAACUGUGAUGUCCUUGACAAGCCGACCGACAUGGAGCAAUGCAACCUGCAGGCCUGCCCAGGCUCUGCCUCCUGGCACCGCCGACCAUGGAAGCCGUGUUCGGUGAGUUGUGGUCGGGGCACCAAGCAGCGAGAGAUAGCCUGUGUUGUUCAGAACCAAACAAAAAUAGUGGAGGAGCACUGCAGUCAUCUGCCUCGGCCACGGACACAGAAGGCCUGUCGGGUGCGAGGAUGCCCCAGUUGGAAGGCCAACAGAUGGAGGGAGUGUUCUGUCACCUGUGGAGCUGGAGCUCAGAACCGUGAGGUUUACUGCAGACUAAAAGGCACUGGACGUGUCAGACAGGAUCUAUGUGAUGCUCACCAGCGUCCUGCCAUGGUCCGGCCAUGCCAAACUGCAGAAUGCACACAUUACACUUGGGUUGCUGGCGAGUGGGAAGAAUGCAAUGCAACCUGUGGAGAGGGCAUGAGACUCCGGAAGGUGGGGUGCAUAAACCCCGGGAUGACACCUGUCCAGGAUGAUUACUGUGAGCCGUCAUCCCAGCCACCAUCAUACCAACCUUGCAAAGGAGCUCCCUGCCACUACAUGUGGAUUACAGGCGAAUGGUCACAGUGCUCUGCCAGCUGCGGUGUGGGCUAUCAGCAGCGUAUAGUCUCCUGCUCCGUGACGCCCUCCUCUCAGGCUCUGAGCCCAUAUGCUGCUGCCCAGUCCUUCUCUGCCAGCACCCACUGCCCUGAGCCCCACCCUCCUGGCACCCGGCCGUGCCUCCUCAGGCACUGCCCGCACACAACCUACUGGAAAGUUGGCCCAUGGAGCAAGUGCUCACAGACCUGCGGGGCAGGAGUGAUGGAGCGCAGAGUGGAGUGUGUGACCUCCAAAGGCCAACCGUCCAAACACUGCCGUCCUUCAGAAAGACCUGAGUCUCAAGCUGCAUGUCAAGACAGAGAAUGUCGGUUGUUCACGUCCUGCCGAGAGGUCCAGAUGACACAGGGUGUGAAGACAGAUGGGGAAUACUAUCUCAAAGUCAAAUCCCGGAUACUACAGAUUUACUGUGCUGAGAUGCACACUGAUUUCCCCAAGGAGUAUUUGACCUUGCGCAGCGGUCAGACAGACAACUACUCAGAAGUGUAUGGGCACAGGUUGCUGAACCCCUUUGAAUGUCCGUAUAAUGGCAGCCGAAGACAGGACUGUGACUGUAGGAACGACUACUCCGCAGCAGGAUACACACUCUUCCACAAAGUUCGUCUGGACCUGAGCUCCCUGAGGAUAACGAUAACAGACCUCCAGUUUUCCCAGACUCUUCUUGGUCGACCUGUGCCUUUUGCUACAGCGGGAGAUUGUUAUAGUGCAGCCAAGUGUCCACAGGGCCAGUUCAGUAUUAAUCUGAUUGGCACUGGCCUCAAAGUGGCUGAGGCAACCAAGUGGACAUCUCAAGGCAACUAUGUUUCUGUCAAAGUCCACAGAUCUGAGGACGGAACAAGAAUCUACGGUCGCUGUGGUGGUUUCUGUGGGAAGUGCAUUCCCCAAGCUCACAACGGCCUACUCCUUCAAGUCCACUGAGGGCCAUGUAGAGACCAAACCUUUAAAUCUAUCCUGAAGACAGUAGCCCAGGAAUAUGCAAUAAUAAUGAUUUGUUGGACACCGUAGUCAUCUGUGAGUGUGGUGGAGGAGCAUUUCACAGUAAUCAUCCAACAGUAACAUCCCCAGUUCCCAAAUGGCAGCUAAAACAUACAUGACACUACAUACGCAGUGCUACAGGGCCGCUGUCAGGUCCAAACUGCUAACUUAAGAAGAGACAGCUAUAUUAGCUUGCCAACAGUGUUGUAAUGGCAUGUCUUUGCUUUGGAACCUGAAAUGCUUUUUCUCUGACCCUGUUAUGCAUUCUCAGCAUCAUACAAAGGGAUACAAUACUUCAAAGUACUUCAAAGCAACUACAUAAACAGUAGAAAAAAAUCUUCAAAUUCUCAUCUUUGAAACACAACGUUUUCUAAUGGUGCUCUGUGAAGUGAAGGGUAUUCUGAAUUUUCUGGGGGGGGGGGAUCCAUAAUUUAAAGUACUUGGAACUAUUCUUGUUAUAUGUCACCUUCCACAGUACAUAUAUAUUUAUAUUUAAAGCUCCGCUUUUCUGACUGACUUGCAGUCAAUGAGACUGUAUAAUAGUCAAUAUACUGUAUGUAUGUAAUCAUCAAUGCAAUUCUCUGGUGACAAAGAAGUGCUAUAGACAGACAUUGAAAUAGUAUGUUGAGUAUGUUAAUGUUUUAUAGUAUGGCAGCCAUUAGCAUGAUAUCAAAAAGAAGUAAUAACAACACUAAAAAAGUAUUAUUUUUGCAACUACUAAAUGAGUAAGGGAAUGGUUUGAUAUUUAUGCUUAUUUCUUGUUGAGAGUCAGAUGAGUAGGUCGAGUAAAUAUGAAGCUACCACCAGCAACUGGUUAGCUUAGCUUAGCACAAAGACUAAAAACAGGGGAAACGGCUUGCCUGGCUUUGUCUGAUGGUAGCAAAAUUCACCUACAAGCAGCUCUAAAGCUCCCUAAUUAACAUGUUGUACCCCAUUUGUUUAAUCUGCACAAAAAAGUAUAAAACAAACAAACAUGGUUUUAUGGGAGCUAGGUGUGAGACUAUUUUUCUGUACGGGCGCAGUAACUUCCUGGCGUCUUGACAUCACUUGUGAGGCUAACAGUGGAGACUCCAGGAAAUGACUGCAACAUUAGUCUGGCAUCUUUAUCUCUGGACAGAGCCAGACUACCUGGCUGCUGGCUGACUAUCAUCAUAUUUAUCAUACAGACAUGAAAGUGGUAUCAAUCUUCUCAUCUGACACUACAAGAAAGUGAAUAAUUGUAUUUCCCAAAAUGUCAAACUAUUCCUUUGGGGCUCAAGACUUAUAGAAAGAGUAAGCUAGCAACUAACUACUGAUAUCCUUCCAGACCUGCCUUAUGUCAGAGGUCAAAUGUUAGGAGAAUGUGAGGAGCCUUUAGAACAACGACACACAAGAUUUUAGUUUUCAUCGCUGUGUAUUUCUAAAGUCUGUCUGCUCUCACCUGCUGCCAGGUAUUUCACAAAACUGCUCAAACCUGCAUAGAUAGUACACUGACUGACGUAGAGACAUAAUAAACAAUAGCGCUGUGAGGAAAUAGCAGAAAUGUUUCAAUGUUUCCUAGUGUUUCAGUACAGUUUAAACGUUUUCUGCAGCUUUUUUUAAACCAUGAGGAUUCAUUUAUUUAAAAAUUUUUAUAGGUAUUUAAUUACACCACACAGACAAGUUCUCAUCUGUUACACUGUGACACAGUAUCAGGUGAUUUCUCACCUCACACCCUCCAUUGGGCCUACUGUAGGUACCUGCAACCCCUACCUCUCACAACCAUCCAUACUCUACUGAGAUAUGUGUUGUAAUAUAUUUAUGUUUGACCAUAUUUAUUCUGUAAUGACUGUAGAAAUGUUCUGUGUUUUACAGUACUACUACCAAUGGAUAAGCCAUUGUCUGAUGUUUUUUGUCCUUUGUCUGCUUUGCUGAAAAAGGUAUUAGCCUACUAUUAUUUGUAGUGUAUAACCACUAACCUUAAAUGAGGAUCUUUUGAAUGGUGCUUUUGAACUACUGGAAUUACCUCUCUUGAGAAGGAAAACACUGGCUUUUGGCUCUUUAGCAAAUCUAGGAUCUGCUUAUAAUGCACGUAAUGGUCCUCUCAAUAAUGUAGCCGAAAAUCUAGCUGCAAGGUUGCCAGAUCUAUCAGAUAUGUAAGCGAUAAAACACUGCAUGAGGAAAUCUGCCCUUGAGUAGUACUUAACUCAUCAUAAAUUACAUUGGCCAUGAUGCAACUAUCAAGCAGCCUAACAUGCUGGUACUCUUGUUAAGCUUUAACCAAAGUUAGAAUAUAGAUGCAGCUUUUUUUUUCUUCUCAGACAACGCAGCUUCUUUUGAUUUAAAGAACGGCUGAAAAAUAAAUAUAAAAAACAUCAAUGAGCAGCUAGAAAAUAUUUGGCCAUCAUUCAUGUUUAUGAUGGUCAAUUGUUCUAUGAGGUCUGUAUCAGAAAGUUAAAGAAUACUUGAUGCACUAUGUGCCAUACAUUUUGUAGAAAUGUAAUCCUGUUUGGGGUUUUUUGUAAUAACCGUUAAGAUUUGUAACUUAUGAUAUAUGUGUAUUUUUAAUAUUCAUACUUGAAUUGUAAACAGUGUGCUAAAUAUUGAAUGGGCAUUGGUACUGAAUAGAGAAUCAGUGUGCUUGUUUGCCAUGCUUUAUCCAAAGAAGUUUUUAAGAAUCAUAUGUACCUAUAGUAUGUAUGUAGCCUGUAUGAGAAAUGAAUGAUUGAUUCUGGUGCUACGAUAACUAAUCAAACCAAUACUGUAUGUCUUGCUACUAUACUAACACUGUAAAGUCAUAAUAAUAAAUGGUUUUCAGCUGACUCAUAA